CGGGGUUCCGCGGCUGCACGGCGAAGGUAGGGAUUUUAGUGGAAGCCGUGGUCUGACAGGAUGAGUUUUCUGCUGCCCAAACUGACCUGUAAGAGGGAGGUGGAUCAGGCAAUAAAAAGCGUGGCCGAGAAGGUUUUGGUUCUCCGGUUUGGAAGAGAUAACGAUGCUGUUUGUCUGCAGCUCGAUGAUAUUCUUGCAAAGACAGCUCACGACCUAAGUAAAAUGGCAGUCGUUUACCUGGUGGACGUGGACAAGGUUCCAGUGUACACCCAGUAUUUUGACAUCAGUUAUAUUCCAUCUACUGUAUUUUUCUUCAAUGGACAACACAUGAAGGUUGAUUAUGGGUCUCCAGAUCAUACCAAAUUUGUAGGAAGCUUCAAAACAAAGCAAGACUUUAUAGAUCUGAUUGAAGUGAUUUACCGUGGAGCAAUGCGUGGAAAGCUUAUUGUGAGAAGUCCUAUUGAUCCCAAAAACAUUCCUAAAUACGACCUUCUCUACCAAGGAAUUUAAUGGGUUGACCUGAGAUAAAGAAUUACGGAAAUGGCCGAUGUUCUAGAUCCCUUUUUUUCUUCAAGCAUUUCUAGCCACCUCUGACACCGUGGGACAGUUUGAGCAUUUAUGUUGAAGGAUCAUAUUGGUCUCCUUCUGAAGACAGACAUUCUGUCACCUCGCAGUUCUCUUGUAA